AUUCAAAUACUUCGACAAAUAGAAGAUGUACAGACACAGCAUGCUCUGUCCAUGAAGAAUUGGGAAAAAAAUUGAAAAAGUCUUUCUAAACAAUUAACUGAAAUGGAAAUGGAACGUGAUCAUUUCGCCGAUAAGUUUGAAAAUUUAAAUAAUCAAUUUAAAGAAAUGUCAUUAACUGCAGAGCAACAAGAACUUCAAUUAAUAGAUAAACAUAAUCAAAACAUAAAGUUAAACGAGGAAAUCAAAUCAUUACGUGCUCGAAUUCCUAAUUUAGAAGCUAAAAUUGAGGAUUUAGUUUCAGAACUUGAAUCUUCUAAAGAAACUCAUAAAAUAGCAUUGCAAGAAGCAGAAGAACAGUACCGUUGUGCAUUAAGGCAGGCAUUAGAAGAAAAACAAGAAGAAUUGGAACAAAAAUUACAUUCUGAACAAAAGAACAAACUUAUUAAAGAACAUGAACAAGAAAAACGUCAAAUAAAAUUAGAAUCGAUAAAGAGAAAUUUUUUGAAAUCAGCUAGUGAAACACAAUUGGGAUCAUUGAAAUCAGCAAGUGAAACGCAUUUGGAAAAACAUUAUGAUGGAGCAUUAUCAUCGCCUGUAGUAUAUAGUCCAACAUCAAGUGCAAGAUCAAGUGUUGAUGGAAGUAGUAGUAUGAUAAGUUGUGUUAUGAUGGUCGAGAAACUAAAUUCUUCAGUAAGACAUUUAGAAGGACAAGUUGGUGCUUUACAAGCUCAAUUACAAAUGACUACAAAAAAUAGAGAUGAAUUAGCAGAUGAAUUAGUCAAAUUAACUGUUCAAAUGGAAGAUUAUUCUACAAAAGCAGAAAAGCUUUCAGUACUAGAACAACAACUUUAUGAAUUAAAUGAAAGAUAUCAUAUUACUUUGGAAUUACUUGGAGAAAAGACAGAACAAGUGGAUGAAUUACAAGCAGAUAUUAAAGAUAUGAAAGAUGUAUAUCGUAAUCAAAUAACUGAACUAGCUGCAGAAUUAGAAAAACAUAAAAAUGCUAGUUAAUUUAUUUAUUAUAAUAUUCUUAUUGGUUAUUAAUUUAUUGAUAUUUUAAUGUAAUAUUAUUUUAUAUUUUGUUUUAUAAUUUUUAAAAAAUUAAGAUUUUUAAU